AGCUUGCCCCGUCUUGCUCUCGGAUACCUUCUGCUUUUGAAUUCUUGUCUGGAGGCCGAAUGUGACGACUGCGUGUUUGUGCAAGCCCCGCAGAAGCUGCAUCAGUAUUACAGCCUUUCAGAAGUCAGCAAACGUAUGGUCAUAAUCAUACAGUUCAAUGCGGUGCGAUUCUUUGAGGCUGCGGCUCCAUCUAGGGGUGAAAGCAGGAAAAUGUCCUGUUUCUGGACACACAUCCAACAUGGCUGCUCCCAUGCAGACGUUUGUGGGAUUGUUGUGAGCAGGAAGAAGCUGCAAACCAUGAAGGAAAGCAGGCACCAUGGACGCAAAGGAAAUCGUCCGCGGUGCUCUUCAGAUGGAGAAACUGAAUUCAGAGAGACGCUUUGAGGACAUCAUGUCUCUUCUUGCAGAUCUUGACGAGUCUCACAUCACAGCAGAGCAGCUGGAGACAACAGACGUCGUCCAGCUGCUCUACAGGAUCCUGAAAACCUGCUCAGACAGCGACGUGAAGAAGAAGGUCAAGAGCUUGUUGUCUAAGUGGAAGAGACAGUACAGCAAAGAUGCAAAAGGAGGGAAAUGCACAGAAGAUCCUGCUGAGCUUCCUCCUUUCCGUUCAGAUGCAGGACAAACAUGUGACAAUAAGGAGGAGAACGCUGCAGAACAGGAAGCGGCGUCUUUACAGGCUAAAUCGAGCCUCCAGACUCUUACUUCUGCAUCUUCUGAUUCCGUCAGAACCAAAUGCGUUGAGCUCCUCCUCGCUGCCCUCCACCCCGAACCUCCAGACCGAGACAAGGCUGCAGAGCUGGCCGGAGGCAUCGAGCAGCACAUCCACGAGCUCCACAACUCCAACCAGGUCAAAUACAAAGCCUGUGUGAGGAGCAAGGUGGCCAACCUGAGGAAUCCCAAAAGCAGUCACCUCCGUCAGGGCCUCCUCAGCGGCUCCCUGCCUCCGGAGGCCUUCGCCCGGAUGUCCGCAGAGGAGAUGGCCAGCCAGGAGCUCCGGCAGCUGAGGGAGGAGUUUUCAUCCAGGGGGGUGAGCGAGAGGCAGCUUCCUCAGGCGAUAGAGGGGACGCAGACGCAGAAGAUUCGCUGCAAGAGAUGCGGAGGAUCAGACUGCAGGGUGACGCAGGUGUCCAGAGGCGCCCUCUUCUUACCGGCGUGGGUGAGGAGCAGCGGCCCCGACGACGACGCGAUGACCUUUGUGACCUGCAGCGGAUGUGGACAGCAGUGGUACCACAGCGGCUGGGUCUGCCUCUAGAGCCGCUGUCAGGUUGAUCAAUCAGACAGACCCACAAGAGCUCUUGUUUUCAGGUUCAUGUAUGAUUUCAGCGUCUCAACACAAGAAUGAUCAAGCAAAGACGGAUCGGUUUGGAGCAAAUGAUGCAUCUGAAUCCAUCUGUCUUAUUUUCUUGGUUAAGAGUUUGGUCGCAAAAUUUCUAAAAUGUUGGUCUGGUGUGUGUUUAACAUUGUGUGAACAUUGUGUUUCCCUUUCGUUUUGCUGUUGUGUACACUGAGAAAUUGCUACAACUCUUCACCACAAUUUGGAAAGAGUUGUGCUCUUCCUGUUUUUAUAUUCACUUAAUACCACAUCAAAAACACCAGAAUGAAGAAGAGGCUUUACUGAGACCAGAUAAACUAGUUUGUAAACUGAAUUUUUAUUUUACAAACUGGUAGAAACAUGAGCAAAACCAGCAGUCGGCACCAUUUCUGAGCGUUUGUACCUCCAAACUGCAGCCUCAUAACCAUGGAUUCAGAUUAAACGAGGAGACAACUGGAUUUCUUGAACCGUCCUCAGUUCUGAUUGACCGUCACUCCAAAAAUCUCACGACUAAUGGCCUGUUAACAACCCACAUGAUGCAGGAUGUGAGUGGUUGUGCAACUGUGCAGGGACGGAUCUCAAGACUGCAUUCUAGGUGCCUGAUAAGUGGUGCUGUAGACCCUGUCCUCUAUUUAGAGAUGGAUGCUCCAGUCUAAUCUGGUUCACCCUCAGGUUUAAACAGCCAAACACAAGCUGAGCAACAUAAUGUAUGCAAUCUAGUGCAGUAAGGAGUGCACAGACCUAUAUGUAGGGGAGACUAAAAAAUGGUCCACACAGGAAAUCCAGCUCCAGGACUCAUCAGUCCACCUGCAUCUAGAAGAUAGAAGACUUCUUUGAGUACAGCAAUGUCUACAUCCUGGACAGAGGUCUACAGGACCACUUAUCAGGUUCUUAGAAUGCAGUCUUGAGGUCCAGUCAGUUUCACAACCAUUCACAAGUUGUGUGGUGUAGAGCGGCUUUAAAGCGUUUUAGCAGCGUCGUAGGUGAGCUGGUGUGCUUGAGCUGCAGGUAGUAGAAAGGCGUAGGUAGAGAAGGAGGCAGGGACUUCGUAGAUCUGCACAUUGAAAACUGUAAGGCUACAUCUGAGCCAUUGUAAGGCCUGAUGGGAACAUUUUUAAAUAAAAAAGCUUGUCACAGUGAUUCACAGACGAGCUUUUAAAGAGUUAAACAACAACUGGAGGGACUUUAGGGUAAAUCUCAAACCUGGGAAGAGUCAGAGGGAUACUCUUGCUGGAUGGAGCUUAUAGUUGUGGGUUUAAUGGGGUUUUUAAACAAUAAUGUAUUAUUUUUCACUAUAGAAUGACAGAAUUUGCUAUUUUUUAAAAUGCAUUCACCAGCAGACCCACUGCCAAACACCCAGUCUGCGCCUGGUUAAGUUUCAGUCUGGAAAGCUGAGUCACUGCCCGCUGCAUUUGCGGAUCGAAACUUUUCAAGAAGUAGCCCUCGUCAUCUCUGAGCCAUUUCCUGUCUGCGCUCUCUCUAAUAGCCCUUUAGUUUAUUUCUGCUUACAGUAGCUCAUUAAGCUGCUUUCGCUGGCCUCUCUCUUACAUUUUCUGGUCGAGAAUAGCCGCUGAAGCGUUAGCCUUUGCCCUCAACUAAUGUAUAAGUUUUGAUCUUUAUGAAAAAAGCGCAUUGUGCUUCACACGUUGAGUGAAAUCCUGACAAAGAGGAACCAUGCCUCCGGCCCCCCCACAGUGUCCCAUUCAUCUGGAUGUGGAGGACGAGGCAUGUGACCUCAGAAAACGGCGAGCAUGUGAGUCAGUAAUCUGGCCUCCUGAGCGGCCUCCGGGGUGGAUAUCCCCCAGUGAUCCGCGGACGUGGCACACUGACUCAGUUACACAUCACUGUGACAUCACAUGGGAAGGCCUUCAGCAUCCACGGGAAAUAUUUCACUUUUCCUCCAGUUGGUUUGUCUCCUGGUCCAACACAACUUUUUCUGUUAAAGAUUAAAUCCUGUGUGACACGAAGCAGCAUGUUUUCGGCUCUAUCUCAACCCUGCUGUGUUGUGUCUCCUUCACAUGCUCCUUAUCUGCAGGCUGGAUAAAGGAUUUCACCCUUUCAGUCACAUACGCAGAAAGAAACAGACGAUAAACGCUGUCAGCAGAGGCGACAAUGCUGGACGUUAGAAACACAUGUUUGGGCUCUUUGAAUGAAUUUAACACACUCUGACAAGCUUGCAAACAUGCAGGGAAGCAUGAAUCGAGCCUGCAGAGUGUGUUGCUGCAGCACAGAGUGGAGGAGAUGGUGCAGCAGGGGUUGUUUUUUUUGUUUUUUUUGUUUUUUUUGGUCGUUGUGGUGGUUCCUCAUAUUUUUGGUCUUUAAUGUGACCCAGUAAAACAAAUCAGCUGA